UAGUUUCUACUUCGAGCUUGGUAUGUGGAUAUGACAAGUUGUGUUUAACAAACGCCCAAAAUUAAAAGUCAUAUGAUGAUCCGUUCAUUAAAAUAAAUUUAAUUUAAUUAAAUUAAUAUUUAUUUAUUAUUUAUCGUUAAGUGAAAUAGGAGCUCCGUUAGCCGCAUUGUUGAUAAUUCCCAUUAAUAAAAGACUUGUCUCUAAAGUAAGAUAAGUGUCCAACAAAAUACGCAGCUUAUGGUCAAUUUAAGCUGACCUGUGGAAAGAAACCGAAUCCCGGAUCAACCAGCGUCAACACCCCCACCUAUCGUCUCAGAAGCAAUCGAAUUUCGCCGGAGUGGAACCAUCAAAACGCGGUUAUGAAAAUGAAUCAUCCUGGCGGCGAUUGCAACUAUGGCGAGAAUGGUCCCUUCCGUUCGGAAAUUCUGCGGAAGGUUAUCGUGCGGCUCCGUCCUCAUGACAUUCCUAGGAUGCCUGCGAGUGAUUCUAAGGAAUUUACUCUCUACUACGCGCUUGUCACGAUAUUCUCAAUAAUAAGCUUGAACAUACUCGGUGCCAUGACUCUGAUGGCUUGCUAUCUGACACUGCUCAAUUGGAAUGAGAUGAAAGUGUCCGCAUCCUUUGAGGUACUCUACGCGUCCACCGGACUAAUAUCUGUAUUUCUCAUAAAGAUUUGCCAGUGUUUUGUCAGCUUCUAUGCAGGUAUGGAAAAACGAAAAGAGCAGAAUCGUUUGACUGCUGUGAACAACUUCAUGUAUGUUCCCUGUAUUCUGAUCCUCUGGCUCGGCCUGAGCUGUACGCAGGUAUACCAGAAUAAGGUUUUAUCCUUGAUGUCCCUAAAGCAUGGACCAGAUGAUAAAAACUCUUUCGUUUGGCGACAUCUGGCGUUCAAGCAUCCCCCGUUUGAAACACUGCAGUCCUACAUGGUCGACGAAUCUAUGGAGAAAGCUUGGGACAGUGUCCAGAUGAAAUUUAGAUGUUGCGGCUCCUACGGACUUCAAGACUACAUCGAUUUGAAUAUGCGGCCACCAAAAUCUUGCUAUACAUCAUCAAAACCAAAAAGUUGUGAGCGCGGCUGUUUGCCUAUCGUCAAUGUCAUUCUCUAUGACCUGGCAAGCCAGAUCCACAGCGUUAUCCUGUGGCUUUUAAUACCAAUCGAAGGACUAUUGGCAAUGUUCACCAUAUUGGCGUUCUUUACUAAAAUGAACCAGAUCCAUCAGAACAUAUUGGAAGUUAAUGGAAGCGGUAGCGGUGGUGAUAACUCCGACACAGUCAAUGUCUAUGCAACUUACGACGUUCCCGUGACUUCAAUACCAAGAACCUAGCAGUGAUUUAGAUGGGCGAGAGAAAGGGUGCGGGUGGCAAAAAGUGAACUUUUAAUUCAGUACGAAUGCCCCUUUUUCGAACUCAUCGCUGACGAAAUUCCAAGAGUUGUUGUAGAAAUUCAUUCAUCACCCAUGAUUUGUGUUUUGUCCUGGAUCUUGUUUUGUCAAACUGUCUUUGUCGAUUUUGAUUUAAUAUAAAUGAAUAAAUUUUAGAAAAAUAUAAAGCAGA